AGUAAAGGGGUGGGUCGCAAUGCUGAGCGGCCGCCCUGGAGUGGUGGGCAAUAAGAUCUCAAUCGAGGACCUGCGAGGUACCUCCUUAGCCUAAAGGUGGGAAGUGGGAGUAUGUAGCUCUUAAGUAAGUGUCCUUCAGCCUGUCUCCUUCUGCGCCUCCCUUUUCUCCGGACGUCUGGGCCCAGAGGCCAGGCGGAGCCCGGGAGCAGGUUAUUCAUUUCUCGGGGGCCAAUGCACAGCUAAGAGCUCCUUAGCACACCAUAUGCCGUGGCACAGGACUGCAUGCGCUGGGAAGAAGAGAUGCCUUUUUCUAAUUCUCACAAGGACACCAGCAGGAGAAUAAAAUGAACAAACCCAGAUUUGAUGACUGCAAACAUUGUUAGUCAUGAUGUGACCUCAGCGUGAGGAAGAGGAAUGCUCAUACAGUUCCAUGGAGGUAGAGGGUCAUCCAGCAUUGUCAGCCUCUGCUGCAUUCACAGGAAACUCCCUUUGAUCCCUUUGAAGUCCAUAUGGCUCUGUAUGAUGAAGAUCUCCUGAAAAAUCCUUUCUAUCUGGCCCUGCAGAAGUGGCGUCCAGACUUGUGCAGCAAGGUGGCCCAAAUGCAUGGCAUUCAUGGUGCCUCCAUUAAUGCUUCUAACAAUAUGGGCAACACAGCCCUGCAUGAAGCCGUGAUAGAAAAGCAUAUCUUCGUGGUGGAGCUGCUUCUGCUUCACGGGGCAUCGGUGCACAUCCUGAACAAGCGGCAGCGCACAGCUAUGGACUGCGCAGAACAGAAUUCAAAAAUAAUGGAGUUACUUGAAGUAGUACCAAGUUGUGUUGCCUCAUUAGAUGAUGCUGCUGAAACAGAGCACAAGGAGUACGUGACUGUCAAGAUCAGGAAAAAGUGGAACUCAAAAAUGUGUGAUCUACCAGAUGAGCCUUUUACAAGACAGUUUUACUUUGUUCCCUCAGUUGGUCCAUUUAAGGGAAGGACUUCAAGGGAGAUUACAGCAAGAGAUAGAAGUGUCCCUAAUUUUACAGAAGGUUGUUUGCAUGAGAGAGGCAAAGAGGCACACAGAACCAGUUGCCUGCCAGAGCAGAGCAGACUGCAGACGGCUGAUGAGGGAAGUGAUGACCUGCCUGAGGAGAGGCCCGAACGGAAGCAGUUGGUUCCCAGGAACCGGCGAAUGCUCCGCAGGCAUACGGUUGAUGUCGUGGUUGUCCCCAAGGACCCAGAGACUGCUGGUAGCCCAACCCCCUCCCAGGAGGCCACUAUCUCCCAGCCUCAACAGUAAUGGGGUUAAAUUUGCUGCCAGCAAGUGAGCAUGCGAGAUGACACUCAGCAUGAAUACAGCUUACACCUAAGUAUAUUUGAAAUAACUGACUUGACAGGCUGUCUUCAGAAGGUCCCCAGAAGCUUUUCCGUGGCUAAAAGAAUGAGUGCAACAAAAACGUUUCACCAUCUCUCUCCUCUUCAAAGCUAAUGAAUACACUUGAAAAGGAAUGGAGAGAAAUUUGGUAAGUGUCCAGCUCCUACAUCUGAGGUGUGUCUCUAAGUAUUCGAAUUUCCUGGCUGCAGGUAGAGGGUUCACUGUCAGAUUCCGUCCUCCUACCCCAAGGUGCUCAUCUCUGUGAUAAAUUAGCAAAGCAUAUGCAAAGAGAAUCCCUUCAUCUGGGAUAAGCCAAAGAGAAGAAACUUAGGUUUCAUGGUACCAUGGAGGCCAGGCAGAAAUGUCACAUCGAAAUGAAUAAGUGGAACCCGGAAAAUGUUCCUUUGCAAAGCAGCAUUGGAACCAUUCUGACGUUCAUCUUAGCACACAUAAGAGCUGUUCUCUUCCAGCAGACAUUGGCCACUGCAUGUAUGCACGUAUAGCAGUGUUCCCAGAAAUAUACCUUUCCGUUAAGGACCUCCUCCCUUAAGGGCAGAGGACAGCAGUCAGCAGCAAGGUACUUGCCUAGGACGAGCGAGGCCCUGGGUUCAAUCCCUUGCACCACCAAAAAAAUAAAAUUUAAUAACCUUUUAAAGGUCACACCUAAUGAAUGGAUGGUUACUAGAGGGUAGAUUUGGCACAUCUUUCCUUAAGUCUUUUGAUUCAAAUUCAAAACUUACAGCACAAACCAGGUCAAUGUUUAAGUUAGAAUUUAUUGCCAUGUAUUACUUUUUAUAAAUUUCUAUAGAUUAUACUGUUAUUUUUUUAUGUUUUUGGCCUACAGCUACAAACAUGGGUUUGUCCUUGGUACAUUUUCAAAUAACUUUGUAAUAGGGAAAUGGUUUUGUGCACAUUCUUGGAAAUACUUGUGUACGUAUAGAAGGCAGGGACCGGUUAUUUUUCUACAAGAUAAUUUAUGAUUUCUAAUUUUCUAAUGUGCCUUGGGUAUGUGCCAAACGAUGGAAACGAAACAGUAAACUUUAUGAUUCCUGA